UCGUCUCAAUCCAGCUCUCUCCACCUUUCCGUCAGACAUCCCCCUCCCGUUUCAAGCUUCCAAUCCUGCGAUCCAGGCCACUACCAACUCCCCCAGCCUCUGAUUCGUCUGAUCUACUCCUUUCCAAGCCGAUUCACCCCGUAACUCGAAGUUACGGUAGGUGCAACUGCUGAAAGAGGCGAUGCCCCAGGAGGUCUUCUAGAUGUCACUGCUGGAGUUAUCUGCAUCGAUAGUACAAUUGUUCGCGAAUUCGCAGGAGCCACAGAAGGUGCAAGUAAAACCGGAGAUGGUGCUACUGCAUACUCUUCGGAAGGAACGGACAGCGACGCCAGUCCUCAAGGUGUCACAAGGGUGCCAUGAAAUUGAACGGAUGGAACUGCCAAGGCGCAGGCAGGGGCCUCGGAAGAUCGAGAAAAAUGGACUACCUUGCCAACUUAAUGGCAUCUACUGGAGCUCAGGUUUGCUUCAUUUCUGAAACUAGAUCCUCCAAGUAUAGCUCUUCUCGGCUUAAUAAUCAUUUCAAUAUAGCUGAUAGUUUCAUAGUUCCCUCCCGUGGGUUGUCCGGCGGGCUGUGGCUUCUUUGGACUGAUGAAGUGAGAGUUGAUGUUAAUUUUUCUGAUCAUCAUUUUAUUCUGGGUACUGUUGUUCAUAUAGCCACCAGUAUGAAAUUUGUGUUGGUCUGCAUCUAUGGAGAUCCACAUCAUCGCCUUACUAAGAAGAUUUGGGACCAUAUUACCACAUUUCUGCAUAAUAAUCUAGGCAAUCCUGUGGUUUGUAUGGGUGAUCUAAAUGACAUCUUAUGUGAAGAAGACACUACCUCCUCUAAUAUAAAUAAGUCUCGUAUGAGCUUGGUUUCUUCCUGUGUGAAAAAUUGUGGUUUAUUUGACAUCGGUUACAGUGGGUCUGCUUACACUUGGACUAAUAAAAGAUUUUCUUCAACUCCCAUUUUUGAGCGGCUCGAUAAAUGUUUAGUGAAUGCUGAGUGGUGUGGUGUUUUUCCAAAUACGAAUGUUUUUAAUCUUCCUAUUAUGUUUAGUGAUCAUGCUCCGAUUUUAAUCUCCACUGAAUCUCAAUUUCGCAAACCUAAAAGAACAUUCAAGUUUGAGAACUGGUGGACAUAUGAGGAAGACUACCACACUAUUGCAAAGUCUACAUGGGUCUCCUCUUCUCAUAGGCCGUUUCAUGUCAGAACAACUAACCUUGCAUGUUCACUAAGGAAAUGGUGCAGGAAGAAGAAACCCCUCUCCCAGCAACUUGAUGCCAUACAUGAAUCGAUCAAUAACAUUCAAAUGCUGCCUCCUGAACUACAAGAUCAUGUUCGUGAAGCAUGUCUCAUUGCCCAAUAUGAGGAUACCAUCACAAAACAAACAGAAUAUUAUAGGCAGAGGGCAAAAAAACACUGGGCUACUCAAGGUGACAGGAAUAGUUCAUUUUUUCAUAAUGCAGUGCUCAAGCGGAGGCAUAGAAACCGCAUUACUUCUAUAAGAGAUGGUCAAGAAAAUAUUCUCCAUGAUCCUGAUGAUAUUGCUAAUGAAUUUGUCAGCUACUUUCAAAAUAUUUUUCACUCAUCUUUUCCGGAUCAUGGCAUGCCAUACCUCAAUUCUUCUUUGCCACAGGGAACACAGGAUUACACUAACUCGGUACCUGAUAAACAAGAAGUUCUGCAGAUUCUUAAAUCAAUGAAGAGAAAUGCUUCACCAGGUCCGGAUGGCUUCAAUGUGGCUUUCUACCUCUCGGCAUGGGAUUGGAUUGGCGACGAUGUCACGGAGGUGGUUCGCAACUUCUACACAACAGAUGACUUACUUAUGUGUGGCAAAGCAAAUCUCCAAGAGGCUACAACCAUGUCAAAAAUUCUCGAACACUUUUGUCGUUUCUCUGGACAAACACCUAAUUGGAAUAAGUCUGCCAUCAUCUUCAGUAAAAACGUCAAUCCACAUGAAAGACAAUCUAUCAAACAAAUUUUCCAGGUGCAGGAUAUGGAUGCCACAACAACUCACUUGGGACACCCCUUAAUUCUACCAUCCAAAGACAGGUUAGCAGCUUAUGCUUUUAUCUAUGAUAGGUUUAGAUCUAAAUUAAAUGCUUAUCAAGCUAAUCGCCUUUCGCAUGCUGCUAGACUUACUUUAAUCAAGUCGGUUUUCGCUUCCAUUCCGGUGUACUACAUGUCUAACAUUCUUUUCACUAAUAAAUUCCUUGCCAAGCUCACAUCGAUUAUCAGAAAUUUUUGGUGGUCAGGAGUUAAAGAAGAACCUAACACCAAAAGCCUAUGUCUCCGGGCAUGGGCUGAUAUAUGCACCACCAAACAAGAUGGAGGCCUUGGCAUUCGAAACCUCCAAGCUAUAAACCAAGGCCUUAUCCUCUCUGCAGCCUGGCGUCUAGCCAAAGACCCUCAAAGCCACCUUGCUUCCAUUCUCAAGUUCAAAUACUACCCGGAUUCCACAAUCUGGAAAGCCAAGCCAAAAAGACCCAAGUCAGCCUUUUGGGCGGCAAUACUCAAAAUUAUGCCUCUCCUCAAAACUGCAGCCUUCUAUCAAAUAAUGGAUGGAAAUUCCUCCAUUUGGAGCACCCCUUGGUUUCCUGGUUGGGACAAUAUUCAUCACAAUUUUAUAAUUCAAUCGCCCCCCUUUGUUUAUCCUUCUGUAGUAAAAGAUCUUUGGCUUCCGAAUCAGAAAAAGUGAAAUGUUGCUCUUGUUAAUACUCUUUUCCAGCCCCAGACUGCUCAAUCUAUUCUUGCCACUUCUAUUCUGAGUAUUACAGGCCAAGAUAAUCUUUGUUGGAAGUUAACUCCAACAGGUAAAUGGUCUUCAAAAAGUGCAUACAAGCAUUGCAGAAAUAAUUUGAUGCUCCCAGCCAAUCAACAACCAAAGGAAGUCCCACCUCUGGUAAGAAAAUUGCUAAUUGAAGUUUGGAAAGAGAGGGAUAUGGUGCCUAGAGUGCAGACCUUUGCUUGGAGGCUACUGCGAAGAGCCCUACCCACAGGAAUGCGCGCAGGCAGAUUCUCAACUCAUAUUGACAAAGAAUGCUCCAGAUGUGGUUUUGAAGAGAAUGAGGUACACCUUUUUUUCCUUUGCCCCUUUGCAAAAGCAGCCUGGUUCAGCUCUCCCUGGCUCUUAAGAUCCGAAGUUUAUUUUGCAAAUCAUGGCUCAAUUCCUGUAGUUAUUGAGGCUAUCUUGUCUUCUGGGCAUCCCAAUGCCUCUACUACUAAUUUGUAUACCUUCUUGUGGUGCCUUUGGAAGUCUAGGAAUGAUCAUCUCUUUGGCAGGAAAUCAAACAAACCAUUUCAGGUACAUGCAGCAGCCAAGGCAAUCCUUCAGGGCGUUAGGACUGAUGAUCAGCUCACCCCUACAAAAGUGCAAGCUUCCAUAAAUCAGGCUUUAGACAAACCUCUCCAACAGGGAUCUUCGAUCGUCUCGGAACCCUCCAAACUUUCAAGACCGGUCUUCUACGUCGAUGCUGCUUGGUCGCCUUUGCAAGGACAAAAUUCAGCACCAGCAGGCAUUGGCAUCUUCAUACAAAACACAGGACUGGUUCACAGCACCAACAUUUUCAUCUCGGCGACGUCCCCGCAUGUCUCAUCUGCUCUACAAGCCGAAGCUUUUGGAGUUCAACUAGCUGUCAAAAUUGCGGAGUUGUUACGCUCUCAGCAGCCCAUAUUUUUUACGGACAACAGGACGCUAUCUAUUGCGGCAGCAGCCAAUGACCCCGUGGAUGCCCCAAGACAUUGGCAGAUUGCACCUCAACUUGCAGCCAUUUUUAGUACCCCUGCUUUCAACCCGAAGAGGAUCCAUCAUACCAACAGGCAACAUAAUUUUAAGGCGCACCAUCAGGCCAAGUUAGCACUUAGGCUUCUCAGCAAGGAUGUAAUUUUCAGGUGUUUAUGCAAUUCCCAGCAGCCUGGAAUAUGUCCAGUGCG